AUGAAGCGACCGAUCGAGGUGGAGAAUGAUCUCGAGAAACAACGGCGGCAAUUCCAACCACUAGUCCGUAACCUUAUGCGACUCCAUGGGGGGCCUCAAGUAAAUGCCGUGGAAAGUCCAGCGUGCUCGCCACCAAACGAGCCUUACCUUGCCUCACUUUCAGAGUUGGCAAUAGAAGAUCGCUAUGUGAUCUACAAGGAUGCGGUAGUCGACCACUUUCAGGUUCUUUUAUCAUCUCUAGGAGAAACAAGCACGAAAACAACGCGACUCCAAGAUACCCUGGAGGAAUGUCUGCCUUUGCUUUCAAAUUUGCACACGACAGGAUUGAGAAACUAUAUUGGCCAUUCAGACGAUGAUACUAAGAGAUUUCCGAAAGUGAUGAGGGGAACAAGUAGCUUGCAAAGACAACUUGGUUUCAAUCCGGUCUAUCCUAUGGAUCGACGGGAUAGUAAGCCUGAGUGUUCUCGCAGCAGCUCUUGGCGAGGCAGUUUAAUUCAAUCCCAUGUCUUCUCUACACUUUUGGCAGCUCUCGGCACGACCCACACCCGGAUCGCAGCGCCCGAGACUUGUGGCGGAAUGAUGGUGGAUGAUGGAAUAUCACUCACACCAUCAGGGGAAGAAGCCUUGCUACCAACCUUUCAACAAUUGCAGCACCUUUCUGUUCAAAUUUCGUCGGCCCAUAUCCAAGCCAGUGAGCGGCAGAGUUUAUGCGAAGCUGAAGAACAAGUCGCAUUUCUCGUGCGGGAAUCAGUGAUCUGGGAGGAAAGAAAGAAUUGCUCCGAAAUAAAGAAGAACAGGCUGCUGCCGCUCCUUGCCAAGGCAGCCCCAGCAAUCCAGAGUCUGGAUCUCACGAUGCCUCCCGCCAGUACGAGGAUAUUAUCGUUCUGCCGAGAGCAAGAUGAAGAUGAUCUUGACCUGGCAGAUGCACACUUCGACUGGAUCUCGCAACACUUCAAGUUUUCUCGUCUAUCGGUCUUAUCGCUCAAAAAUAUCGUAACCACUGUUUCAUCCUUCAAGGAGUUCCUCAAAACGGCUUUAUCCACGCUGAAACAUGUGACCCUCGACUUUCUUAUUUGGACAAGUGAUCCCAAAAUCCCGAGAUCUCAAAAAAAGAAAAUUUAA